CUAGGGUGCAGCGUCAGGUUCCCCAUGCUUGUAACAUUUUUUAUUCAUACCGCUCUGAGCAUAUUCUUUCGGAUCUUGUAGCCAAAAAUCGUUUGAAUAAUUGGAUAAAUGACUUGGAUCGUUAUAUCUUGGGAGCAGGUGACUGGUCCUUUGACUUUGAGGGUCGUCGAGCGCCAUGGCCUGGGUCGCAGGAUUACUUAACUCGGCAAUCAGCCCCAACACCGCCGCUCUGGCUUGGCUGUGCUACGACGUCGUUCGGCCAUCGUCCACCAACGUCAGUAUCUUCGCAGGAUGGAUUCUGUGGAAGAACCAGAAUGCCGCCUUUGGUCUCCUGGGUGUGCCGAACCCACCCAUGGGCGUCUGGCUGAGUGCCCUCGUCGGCGCAGGCUUUGGGUUCCUUUCACUUCGUGCUUGGACCUGGCUGCUACGGCCGCCGCCUAGGAUCAUUCCUACCCCGUGCGAAUGGCCCGGAAAACCACUUUUGGUCCCGUCGAGGACGACGCACUCUCGGCUGUUCCCUGAGAAGCAUUCAUUUUCCUAUUCGUAUCUCCUCGUGGGGAUUCCUGUCGGUUGGACCGGGACCGCCGGUGGCUUGGUGUCUGCUGAUACUCCUUCGCGGAGAGGUUGGUAUGAUGUUGACGCCGCAGAUUACCUUGCUAGAGGAAAAGGCUACCUUGGACUGAGAGGCAAACUCGAUGAAUAUUUGGAGUCUCAGGGAGUAAAACCAGAGCUUUAUCCAUUUGCAUAUUUGGUUACUGCCGCUAAAUUUCUUGGAUAUCAUUUCAACCCCGUCUCGUUUUGGUAUCUUUACGACUCCAACAAGGUGUUUUCGGCUAUGAUCCUGGAGGUCAACAACACUUUUGGCGAAAGGCGGAUGUACUUCCUACUCCCUUCGGAACCCAAAGCAAUCUCGGAUGGUGAUGCAAAUGGAGGUGCAAAAGCAGAUACUACGCUAGAAGCCUUGACACAAGAGCCCAUCAAGUUCACCCAGACAUGGCCCAAGGACUUUCAUGUUUCGCCGUUCAACUCACGCAAAGGGUCAUAUUCUGUCAGCGCAAAGGACUUUCUUGGGCCAAACAUGCAAGGCCCUGGAAAUAUAGACGUCAACAUUGUGUUAAAGUCAUCAAAGGGUCAUGGGAAGCUUGUGGCCAGGAUUUUCUCGGAGGGCAAUACUGUGGACCCGGUCAGUCUAGGGCUCUGGCAGCGACUUGAUUUCCUGGCACGUUGGUGGUGGGUAGGCUUUGUCACCUUCCCAAGGAUCGUCAAGGAGGCAGGUCGUCUUUUCUUCCAGAGAAGGCUGCAUGUCUGGUAUCGCCCCGAGCCUCUCAAGGACAGUAUGGGGCGAAUGGCGGACGAGACAGAGAAAAGGCUUGAGGCCGUCUUCAGGUUUUAUCUGAAAUACCACGUCGUGGCUAAGGCAGACUCUGCUUUGGCGGUCAGAUACUACGCAAGUGGCACUGAGGAUAGUACAGGAGAUCUCAUGGUCUCUGAUGUAGCCCGGCGACAGGGACAUUGGGGAGAUGAAGAAAUCACUAUCAGAGUCCUCACUCCGGCGUUCUACUCUAGAUUUGUUGGGUAUGCGCAUGACCUUGAAGCGUUUUUCUGCGAGCUCAGAGACAGUGAGACCAUAUGGGUUUCAAAACCGGAGCUGCUGCCAAAGCUGGCUCUCAAGACACCAUCACCAGCUCUGCAAGCUUCAAGCCUGAUGGAUUUUGUCUCCUUCAGGGUAAUACAAAUCCUUCGGCGACGGCCAGAGCGCAUCGAGCGGCCUUUGACUUCCAGUCAAACCACGGAUACCAACAUCGGGCAGGCUAAGAGCGGCGAUCUGAGAGGCUUCCGCAUUUCACCCAUGGAUGCAUAUGUGCUAUCCUCGGAAGAUGCAAUAAUGAAAGAAUCAUACAGAAGCACCGUCUUAAGACUUUUCCUUGCGGACAGGAUGGCUUUUGGUAUUAUGCUGCUUUAUGACACCUUACUGUUUACACUCCGGGCAGCAUUUGCAGGUGUUUUGGUUAUCUCCAUGGAUAAUAUUCUGACCAGGAUCAGUUAAAAACUUAUUAGCUAGAGGGAAAGAUUUUGCCUGCUGCCGACUUUGUUUCGACUUGACAUCAAAUCAGGUCAUAAGUGGUGUUACCAUUGUCUCGGUUCACUCAAUCCGAGAAACUCAAAUAAUAUCAACCAGCUUUGCCUCCUGGCUUCUAACAAACUUUGAAAUCAG